CGGCCCCGGGAUCGGGAUCGGCCCCGGGAUCGGGAUGGCGGGGCCGGGGCUGGAGCGGUACCGGCUGGCGCUGCUGGCGGCGCGAGAGGACGUGGGGAACCCCCGGGCUGGGACCGACUGGGCCGUCUUUGGCUAUGAGAAGCACCACGAUCUCAAGCUCCUGGAUUCCGGAGCCGGGGGGCCGGAUGAGCUCGCUGGAAAAUUCUCUGUGGGCAGCGUCAUGUACGGGCUGUGCCGGGUCCCCGAUCCCGGCUCCGGCACCCCCAGGAUCGUCCUUAUCAGCUGGGUGGGGGAAAAGGUGCCGGAAUCGCAGCGGGCGGCGUGUGCCGGGCACCUGCCGGCCAUCCGGAGCUUCUUCAGGGAGGCCACGGCCGUGAUCAGCGCCCGGCGCCCCGAGGAGGUGACGCUGGAGGGGCUGCGCCGAGUGCUGGCACAGCUGGAGCCCCCCGCCCCUCGCCCUCCCAGGAGGACCCCCCAGGACCCCCCGGAGCUGGUGGGCACGAACUACCGCAAGACCAACCCGGCCCUGGAGCUGCAGCGCACCCAGCGCGAUUCCUUCUGGGAGCAGGCUGAGCGCGAGGAGCAGCAGCGGAAGGAGCAGGAGAAGCAGCGGGAGCGGGAGCAGCGGCGGCGCUGGGAGCGGGAGCGCAUGGAGGAGGAGCGGCUGCAGGCGGCGGAGCGGGAGCGGCGGCUGCAGGAGCGGGAGCGGCUCAUCGAGGAGCGGCGGCAGGAGCAGGCGCGGCUGGACGCGGAGGAGCGGAGGAAGGAGCAGGAGCGAUGGGAGCAGCAGCAGCGGGAGCAGGAGGCGGCCGAGCGGGAGCGCGGGGGUCGCACCGGGCUCAGCGGGACGGCGGCCGAAGCCGCCAUCCUGGUCUCCCAGCGCACCCAGAACCCCCGGGAAUUCUUCCGGCAGCGGGAGCGCUCGGGGUCCACAUCCACAUCUCCCCUGGCCGGCAGCACCCCCGGUGCCCGCCGGCCCUUCCUGCGGUACCAGCGCAGCCUGACGGAAUCCGCCUUCAUCUUCCGCCGGCCGGAGCCCCCCCAGACCCCCCCGCCCGGCGCCUCCCGGGGGGCACCGCCCGCCAGCCCCCGCCGGCCGCCCGCGGGGACAGCGACACCCCAGAGUGCCACCAGCGGGACCCCCGCCAGCCCCAGGGGGAGGGACACCCUGGGGACGCCCCCCAGCCCAGCCCGAGCAGGGUCCCCCCAUGCCACCAGCCCUGUGGGGACAGGGACCCCUCAACGUGCCACCAGCGGCACCCCCGUCAGCCCCAUGGGGACAGGGACACCCCAUGCCACCAACCCUCUGGGGACAGAGACCCCCCAAUGUGGCACCCUGGGGACCCCCCCCAGCCCAGCCCGAGCAGGGUCCCCCCUUGCCACCAGCCCUGUGGGGACAGGGACCCCCCAAAGUGCCACCACCGGGACUCUCCACAGCCCCCUGGGGACAGGGACCCGUCCCUCUGCCACCCCAGGGAGCCCCCCCAGCCCUGUGGUGACGGCCACCCCCCAAAGUGCCACCACUGGGACCCCCUCCAGCCCCAUGGCAGCGGGGACCCCUCCCUCCGCCACCCUGGGGACCCCCGAUUUUGCCACCACCAGCUCAGGGUCCCCCCCUGCCAUGCCUGGGCCCCCUCCCAGCCCCCCCCGCAUGGGGGUCCCCCCUGUCCCCUCCGGGCCGGGGUCUCCUGAAGGCACUUCUGGGCUCCAGCCCCUCCCUCCUUGCAGCACUCCGGCUUUGGGGUGUCCCCCCAGCCCCCCCCGGGAUGUGCAGGGGCUCCCCCCGGACAGUCUGGGGCCGCUGCUCGAGGAUGUCCCCAGCCCGCGGGAGGGGUCCCCAAAACCCCCGGCCGGGCCCCCCCUGCACCGUCCCGCACCCCCCCAGGAUUUGGGGCGCAAUGGAAUCGGGGGGCACGAGUGGGGAGGGGGCUGGGAGGCCCCCUGGGAGCCGGGACCGCCCCCGGGGCAGGGGGAGGAGCCCAGCGAGAGCCUCGUCCUGCACAAAGCCACGCCAGGCUUCGCGCUGCUGCUGGCCCGGGACGCCCCCCACCCACCGCUUUUGGGGGGCCCCAGCCCCCCCACCGAUGACGAAGACCUCUCCCCACACGCUGUGUAAUGGGGAGGGGGCAACACCUCCUUUUGGGGUGGGGGGGACCCCCUAUAGCACCACAGCACACCCAAGCCCCCUCACCCCCCCCAGCACAGCCCCCA